AUCCAAAAUACCCGCUUAUAAAAUUUCAAGGAAUUAAUUAAAUAAAAAUUCUGUUUUUUCUCCAUUAUAUAUUAUUGUCUAGUAAUCACAACAUAAUCCCAAGGAAAAAAAAAAUCUUUCAACAUAUAGGUUUCUUUCAUGGCGCCUUUUCCACACCACCAUUGUUAGUUCAAAACCCUUCUUCUUCCAUAACCCCUUUAUUUUAUUCUAUUUUAAUUUAAUUGACACACAAAAAAAAAUUCUCUCUUUUAUUUUUUAUUUUCCUUCAACGUGUGUUUAGUAUUAUUAUUUUUUUCUUUUAUGUAGUAGUUACGGGUUGCGUGGAAGAGAAGAACAUGAUAGUCUCUGAUCAGACUCCUAUUAUAAUAACAACAAAGGAUCAUGACCCACCAGGCAACCAGGUGGUGCACAAGGUGGGAACAAGUGGUAGUGAUCAUACUCUAGAGCCAAACAACCUUGGUGGUGGUGGAACAGGCUGCUCUGGAGGGUCAGGCUCAGAGAGUGUUGUUGAAAACACCUUGAAAAGAAAGAGAGGGAGACCUAGGAAGUAUGAUGCGGGUGCAAACCUGGUAUCAUCACCGCCUCUGUCCCCGCCACCGGGCCUUUCCUCUUCUCUUUCGAGUUGCGAGAAACGGGUUAGAGGGAGGCCUCGUGGUUCUGGUAAACUUCAACUCUUGGCUUCCCUUGGUGGUUUUGCAGCAGAAACAGCAGGAGGAAGCUUCACCCCUCAUGUAGUGCCCGUGCAUACUGGAGAGGAUAUUGUUACUAAGUUACUAGUAUUUUCUCAAAAGGGUGCUCGAGCAGUUUGCAUUCUUUCAGCUACUGGUGUUGUCUCGAGUGUUAUUAUGCGUCAGCCUGGUUCUUCUGGGGGGAUUUUGAGAUAUGAUGGCCCCUUUGAAAUUCUAUCUCUAUCUGGAUCAUUCACUUUCAGCAAAACAGGAGGUUCGAAUCGCAAAAAUGGCAUGCUAAGUAUUUCCCUAGCUAAACCUAAUGGCCGGGUUUUUGGUGGUGGUGUUGCAGGCUCUUUAAUCGCAGCUGGCCCUAUUCAACUCAUUAUUGCCAGUUUCAAGCAGAACAUCGGCAAGGAAAUUAAGAGGAGGCAAUCAGCUGACCCUCCUACAGCUCCCAGUCUGCUUGCCAACUCCGAUAUGGUAAGGGUUCCCACACAAAUUGCUGGAACCACAGAUGCAGAAGAUAACUGCACUACACCAACAUCUGCACUUUCAGAACCAAGAAAUGAAGAAGCAGGUAGCACAAUCAUUUCAAACCAACAAGCAAAUACUGGUUCUCAAAACAGUAGUGGUCAAAAUGUCUUGCAGUCCCAACAGCCCAUUCCAGACCAAACUGUACCUCCAGAUGCCAAUGCUGGAGACCCCCGGUUAUGAAAAUCUCUAUAUUUAUAUAUGUGAUAGUUCUUAGUAACUAGCAAUUCAAAUUUGGGAUUCGUUUGUUUUUUUUCCUUUUUCAUAUCUAAUACCUCUUAGUAGAUGAGAGGAAUCUUGUUCUUGCAGUUGCAUACUGAUAUAUAGUUGAAUUGAAUCUCAAUUCCCUGAAUUUGUUAGCUUUAAGCCAUCAAAAUCUUGUACUUCUCUAAACUUACUCAGGGAGUUAGCUACAUCAGCUCAAUAUAGAAAGUUUUCUUGCUGUCAAUUGUCAAA